CGUCAUCGUCACGCGCCGCAAGAGAAAACGUGUGAAGAGAGAGAGGAGAAUCCACGUGAGAUCUUGAGAGCAUGGCAACGGUUCAGGAGCCGGAGGUCCAACUGGCCCAGAGGUUAGCCUCCAAUGAGAAGGCCGUCCGGAUCAAGGCGAUGAAGAAACUACGGAAAUACAUCAGCGCCCGCUCACUGAGAGCCUCAGGCGGAUUCACAGGAGAUGAACUCCUCAAGUUGUGGAAGGGCCUCUUCUACUGCCUGUGGAUGCAGGACAAAGCUCUGCUACAGGAGGAACUGUCCAACCAGAUCUCCACCCUCAUCCACAACUUCCAUGAUCUGGAUAAACAGCUCAUGUACCUGGAAAGCUUCUUGCAGACCAUGAAACGAGAGUGGACUGGGAUCGACCGGCUGCGGAUGGACAAGUUCUACCAGCUGGUUCGUUUUGUGUUCCGACAAUCGUUUGACGUCCUGAGGAGGAGAAACUGGGAAAGCAGUGCGGUUGGGAAGUUUUUGGAGCUGCUGAAGUGUCAUCUCCUUCAAAAUGACAGUGAGACGCCCUCUGGAUUGCUGUUACACAUCUUGGACCUUUACAUGACGGAACUAGCAGCUGUUGGUGCUGGAGAGCUCACUGCUGAUCAGAACCUGAUUUUUAUAGAACCGUUCUGCAGGAAAGCAGCCAAAACCAAGAACCAUGCGCUUUUCAGCACAAUUUGCAAAAGCCUAUUCAGCAACAUCAUUGAACAGGCUCCUUUUGCUGUGGGUGAUCUUAUGAAGGAGGUGAAAACAGCACAGGAGUCUGAUUCAGGGCAGGAAUCUGAGGAAGAUGAUGAACAGCAGGAAGAUGAGAGGAGAAAUGCAGUCGGUAAGAGCAGAGAGGGGAGGCUGAUAAAAGGGAGUCAUUUAAAAACAGAAGAAGAAAGUGACGAGGAGCUGCUUCACUUGGGGGACUCUGACGCUGAGCUGUCAGAUGAAGACUUUGGACCGGUUCUGCAGUUCGACUAUGCUGCUCUGGCAGACAAGUUGUUUGAGCUGGCGAGUCGCAGCAACACACCCGGACAUAACCGACACAAACUCUACAGAGUCAUCAAAGUGCUGCGUGGUCUCAGUGAAGGCAUAUUUCCACAGGAUGAAUAUCCAGAGGAGGUUUCCACAGAUGAAGAUGAUGAUAUGUUUGGGAGCAGGAAGAGGAUGAAGCGACCAGCUCACAAUGAGGGUGUUGAGGAGAAAGGGAUACCAACAGGGAAGAAGAGCAAAGCUGACGCAGGGGAAAAACAGGAAACAUUCGACAGACAAAGUAGCAAUAUGGAACCUGUAGAUGCACCUGCUAAUAACAAGAAGAAGAAGAAAAAGAAGAAAACACAGAAUCACAAUGCCGACUCAAAAUCUGCAGGAUGUUCAGAACAUUCAGUAAAACAAAGUCCAUGUUCCACUUCAGAGGCUCUAUUAGAAGCCCAGCUGCAGCUGCUCCCCCCCACCAAUGACUCUGAACCCAUGGUGACAGACAGAGAGCAGCACCUGACCUCUGCUACAUCAGACACGUCCUCUGAAGCACCAGCUGGGCUCUCUGGGAACAAGAAGAAGAAGAAGAAAAGGAAGAUCCUGAAAACUGAGGCUGAGAGGUCCGCUUCAGCAGGGGAAGGUCAUGAAGCCUCGGUCAAGGUUACUGCUGCAGCUCUUGGCAGGAGCAACAAGCAGCCUGCAUGGGGCCUGCAGAGGAAUGACAUUAUCAUAGCAACAGAGGCCAAACAAACAGGCUGUGAUGAAGCAUCAGGAGACAAUCUAAUGCCUAAACUCGCGACGACAGAUGCUGCCGCUUCAGCCAAGAAGAGUCAGAAGAUGGAAGAGACUAUCGCUGAGUCGCGACAAGCAGCAAACAGGAAGAACCGUCACAAAGGAAGGAAGGGGGCUGGCAGCCCUCAGAUCACAGCUGGAAACAUGCAACUCAUGCAGAAAAGAAGGAAGUGUUUGAAGCUGUCAGCUGUCGAUGGAGGUGCAGACCCAGAGCAGUCCGCAGGGGAAGCUGAGCUGAUCAGCUCUGCAGUUAAUACCAGGAAGAGGAAAAUCACUGUGGAGUUUGAGUUUGAGGCAGAUGAGUUGGAAGGAACUGCCGCAGUCAACAGCAUAUCGGCAGCGAAGAACAAGACCAAGAAAAGCAAAGUGAACAAUGUAGCCAGUGAGCCAUCGACUCCCCAGAGCCUCAAAAAGACAAACAAGAAGAAUAUUUCAGGGUCUGAUUUUAUCAUCUUUCCGAGGGAAGUUUCAGUUCCACCAGCGCUGUACUGUAAGAUUAACGGCAGCCCGGGUACACCUGCUGCCAGUAAGAAGAGGCAGCUGACCCCCACAUCAGAUUCAAAGAAAGUCACGUUUGGUCUGAAGAAUAAUAAAACUGCUGAGUUCAAGAAGACUGAUCGCAGCUUGCUCCUCAGUCCAGAAGGUUUGUCUCGGGUGCCCUUUGACCCACAGCAAAAACCAAAGUUUGGGGUCCUAAAGUCUCCCCCCACGACAGAGUCCACUGACUCCAGGAAGACGUCGAAGAGCGCUAAGAAGGCCCCUAACUUCUCCAAGAAGAUCAGUUCCAAAUCUCUGCCAAACACACCUAAAAGACGACCUUCAGCAGCAGACUUUUUUUAACUUCCUGUAGAACUGUAGACACACGUGGUCUUUGAUACAAUCUGUUUUGAAUUUUGGGCUCUAUUUUUAUUCUAUGUUUCUAUGUUCUAUGUUUAUUCUACCAAAUUGUUGCAUUUAAUCUGGUUUGAGUGACUGCUUUAAAUAAAGUUAUUCAUUCCUUC